AUGAGUAUGCGCGAUCUGAUUGACGGUGACGUUGAGGUUGAUGAAGAGGAGAACGAUGAGGAAUUCGACGAGGAAACUGGUGAAGCUCGCUCCGCGGAACCCCGAAGACAAAAUGGAGGCUUGGAAGAUGAUUCAAGUGAGGAAGAAGAUGAUGACGAUGAGGAGGCAGCUCGUGCAAUUCGAGAAGGCUUCAUCGUAGAUGAAGAUGAAGAGGACGAUGAUGAUGCGAGAAAUAGACGUCGCCGCAGAGAAAAAAAGCGCCGCAGAGAGCAGCGCGAAGAAGAGGGUUUGGAUGACGAAGAUUUGGAUCUCAUUGGAGAAGCGAACCCAGAAUGGGAGAGAAAGACAACACAGCAGCCAAAGUUUAAGCGUCUCAAGCGUGGCCACCGAGAAGACAACGAUCAGGACCGAGAGCGAGGCCUGGACCAAAUCUUCUCUGAUGAUGAAGAACAAGAUGCGCCACACGAUUAUGAGCGAUCGUUCGCACGCCCGGACCAUCGUAUUGAUGAAUUCGCGGAUUUCAUCGAAGAAGACGAGCUUGAGGACGAUGAAAGAGACAGACUUGCCGAGGAAAGAGAGGUAGCCCGUCCAAGAGAAAAGGGCUACGUUGGUGGUGCCGAAGCAUCAGGUCUCGACAAGGAUGCUUUAGAUGAUAUGGAAGCUAUCUUUGGAAAUGGCGAGGAUUACGACUGGGCUCUCGCCUUGGAGGAUGAAGCUGAGGCAGCCGAAGCUGGGGACCAGAACCUUGAACUCAAGGAUGUCUUCGAGCCUUCGCAGCUCGCGGAGAAGUUACUUACGGAUGAGGAUAACUAUAUUCGGUACUCCGAUGAACCGGAACGAUUCCAGCUCGAUCGAAAACCUUACAAACAUCUACAAAUCACCGACGAACAAUUUAAAGAGGAAGCUCGAUGGAUUACAAGUCUCAUUUGGCCAAAAAAGAACUUCAACGGAGACAUGCAAGCUCCAUUCACCAAAGCUAUUAGCAAAGUCUUGGAGUUUUUUGUUGUGGAUGAAGUCGAAGUUCCCUAUGUGUUCCAACAUCGAAAGGAUUAUCUCAUCCAUGCCAGGAAAAAUAAAACGCGAUCGGAUAACCCAGAUGCGCCUGAAUAUGAAGUAAGCGCAGACAAGCUCCUGAACCAAGACGACCUCUGGCGCAUUUUGGAACUCGACUUGAAGUUUAGGGCACUGAUCGAGAAGCGUAACGUCCUAGACAAGACCUAUGAGAACCUAAAGUUGGCCGUUGGUAUCAGUGAUGCAACCUUCGAGCAAAUGUUACCGGACGCCCAAACUAUGGAAGAGCUUCAAGAUAUUCAGGAUUACCUGUAUUUCCAAUACUCCUCGGAAAUCAAAUCUCUGCAGGAUUCCAACGGUGAAGUCAAAGAAAAGCGAGCCGGCAACAAAGCAUCAAGAUUUGAUCGUGUUCGUAAAAGCAGGGCUUAUGAACUCGUGCGAGCUUAUGGAAUCACAGCCGACGAGGUUGCUGGAAAUGUUUUGAUGGAAGGCCGCAAAAAGUACACAGAAGAUCCUCCUUUGAGUCCAAUUGAUCUCGCCGAUACUCUGGCUAGCCCAGAGGACUUCCCUACGGGCGAUGGAGUUUUGGUAGCAGCACGAAGUUUGUUCGCCGAGGAACUUUUCAUGAGCCCAAAGAUGCGUCAGCAUUUCAGAAAGCAUCACUAUAUACAAGGACUCGUCAGCUGUGCUAGAACCGAGAAAGGCCUCAAGAAGAUUGAUGAACAACACCCAUAUUAUGAAUUGAAAUAUCUCAGGAACCAAACUUUCAUGGACAUUGCAAGCAAACCUGAAAUGUUUUUGAAGAUGUUGAAAGCCGAGGAAGAAGGAUUACUAGAGGUUCGAGUAUCUCUCCAAAAUGAACGCGAUUUCAGAAAACAACUCUUUGCAGAGUUCAGGUCCGACAACUACAGCGAGGUUGCUGAUGCGUGGAACGAUGAAAGACAGAAAGUUCUCGACAUAGCAUUUUCGAAGCUUGAAAGGACUAUCACGAAAGGAGUAAAAGAAAGCAUGCGAACAGAGUGCCAAGAUUCUAUCCUUAAAAUCUGUCGUGAAGAAUACUCGAGAAAGCUUGACCAGGCGCCAUACAAGCCGAGAGGCAUGGUUUUGGGUACUAUUCCUCGAGUGCUUGCUCUAUCUAACGGUAAUGGUGACCCCAAUCGCGAUGCUGUAUGCUGGGCCUACGUUGAAGAGGACGGUCGGGUCCUGGACCAUGGAAAGUUCGACAAUCUUUCCAGAGACCAGAGAGCUAGAGAAGCAUUUGUCGAUUUGGUGCGCAGGAAGAAACCUGAUGUUCUUGGAGUCAGUGGUUUCUCUGUCGAAACUCAUAAGCUUGUAUCGAGUCUCAAAGAAUUGGUGCAGGAACACUCUCUGCGAGGGAAUGAGUUUGACAAUGAAGAGGGUGAUGGUGAGCGAAGUGAGCCUCUAGAUAUUAUCGUCGUGAAUGACGAAGUUGCUCGACUUUACAAAGACAGCCCAAGAGCUGCUGUUGAUCACCCUGCAUUUGCUCCACUCGCUAGAUAUUGUGUUGGCUUGGCCAAAUAUCUCCAAAACCCAAUGAAAGAGUACGCAGCUCUUGGAAAAGACAUUAUUUCAUUAUCAUUCCACCCAUCUCAACAAUUGCUGCCAGAGGAUAAGCUUCGAAGACAAUUGGAGACUGCAAUGGUUGAUAUGGUCAAUCUUUGUGGUGUCAAUAUCAACGAAGCGGUCAAUGACGCUUAUACAGCAAACCUUUUACCUUUUAUUUGUGGUCUUGGUCCUCGAAAGGCUACCGCUGUCCUGAAAUCUAUCAAUGCCAAUGGUGGAGUGGUGAACACUCGUGAAGAACUUGUGGGUGAUCCAGACAAUAACAAAUUGCCAGUUGUUGGUCCAAGAGUUUGGAACAACUGUGCUAGUUUCCUAUACAUGGAGUACGAAAGCGCAAAUCCUGCGUCUGACUAUCUUGACAAUACCCGUGUGCAUCCAGAGGACUACGAACUCGGUAGGAAGAUGGCAGCUGAUGCACUCGAACUUGAUGAAGAAGAUGUCAAGGCAGAAGUAGACGAGGGAGGACCAGGAGCCAUUGUCCGGAAGCUCAUCAAGGAUGAUGAGCAGGAGAAGGUGAACGAUCUGAUUCUUGAAGAGUAUGCCGAUCAAUUGGAGAAAAAUUACAAUCAACGCAAACGUGCAACGCUCGAGACUAUUCGCGCUGAGUUGUUAGCGCCAUACGAAGAAUUGCGUCGUAACUUUGGCAUGUUGUCUGAUGACGAAAUCUUUACCAUGUUGACUGGAGAAACUCAUGAGUCGUUAUGCGAAGGCAUGAUUGUAUCUGUCAACAUCAGAGUGGCAAAGGAUGAUUUCAUUAUUGCUAAGCUGGAUUCUGGAAUUGAAGGCCGUGUCGAGAAAGACGAUGGCUCAGAUAAUUCCAACGCCUCUUUGAACCGUCUAUUUUCCGUGGGCCAAACUGCUCAGGCUAAGUUGCUUGACGUUGAUCGAAGAAAUUUUGCUGCCAGAUUAUCACUACGCGAAUCACAAAUGCGACCAUACAGGAAACGUAUUGACCGCGAUAUUGGUACCUGGGAUAUACAUCAAGAGCAAAAAGAUAGAGAGGAGCUCCGCGAAAAAGACAAGGCCACAGGCCGCGUUCAAAGAGUUGUCAAGCAUCCUCUCUUCAGACCAUUCAAUGCCACUCAAGCUGAGGAAUAUCUCGGAUCACAAGCCCCUGGAGAUGCUGUUAUUCGCCCUUCGUCAAAGGGAAAUGAUCAUCUGGCAGUUACAUGGAAAGUCGCUGAUGGCGUAUAUCAGCAUCUUGAUGUAUUGGAGUUACAAAAGGAGAAUGAAUUCUCACUUGGUCGACAAUUGAGAAUCAACAACAAAUACAACUACAGUGAUCUUGAUGAAUUGAUCGUGGAUCAUGUUAAGGCUAUGUCCAAGAAGGUUGAAGAGAUGAUGCUGCAUGAAAAAUUCCAAAAGGGCAGCAGAACCGACACGGAACGUUGGUUGACAACCUACACGGAGGCCAAUCCCAAGCGAUCUGUAUAUGCUUUCUGUCUUGAUACAAGGCAUCCUGGGUAUUUCCAUCUGUGCUUCAAAGCUGGUCAACAAGCGCGCGUUAACUCAUGGGCCGUACGGAUCAUUCCCAAUGCUUUUGAAUUAUUAAAGAGUCAAUACCCCGAUAUGAAGGCAUUGUGUAAUGGAUUCAAACUGCGCCACACAGCGGAAAUGAAUCGAAGAUGA